AUGGUCGACAUAAAGCUAGAUUCGCCUACUAAAUAUGCAAACCAUUUAGAAGAGCUUAGAAAUCUCUAUUGCGAUUUAACAGAAGAAAUAAAGAAGGAAGAAUCUGAAAAACUUGCAAUUUUUAAAGAAAUGGAUAUAGUAGCAAAUCGUCUUGCACAGAUUGAAAGAGAGCUGCAAUCAAUGGAAACUAAUAGCAAUAAUAUUGAUGUAAUAAUCAAAGAAAUAUCUAAAGGCUAUACUAAAAUAGAAGCCAGCACAUAUUCUUUAUAUAUGUUAGCAAGUCGACAGUUAAAAAUGCUUAAAAGAAAGUUUCCUCUCUAA